AUGAAAGAGGUCUACUGGACUGCUUCGCAAAAUCUAUUUGAUGUUUGCAUUGCGGUCUUUAAAAUAUUUUUAAAACGCAGGACAGAAAAAAAAGUGAAAAGGGAUAGAUUAGAAGUAACAAAUAAAGCAAGAAUGAAAGAUGAAAAAAGAAUUAAUUUACAAAUAACCAACUGUAAAUCAAAAAAGCACGUCAACAUGAGCUUUGAUUCGACUACGUCUCUUAGUAGCGUGAGCGUUGGAGUUUUUCCCAAACGCGCAUCAACCAUAGCAGCUCCGGACGAUCAUCAUGUUCAAACGAUCACCGUUUACCUUUACUCUUUCAAUCCAGAAACCAAUGAUCAUUGUCUAACAGUUAAUUUCCAUAAACGAGCUACCACUGAAGAACUAAUUGAGAAAGUUCUUCAACAAAAACCAGAAUUCUCCGGUAAUACUGCUGAGGAUUUUGAUCUCUAUGAAAUAAUGGGUACUCUGGAUGGUCAGAUAUUCAAAGAAAGAAAAUUGGAUCGAGGAGAAUAUCCUGUUGCAGUUCAAAUGCUCUGGUCUCGGUCCAGCCAAUCUAAUGACGAAGAAGCUGCUCCAAAGAAUCGAUUAGUUUUAAGGCAUAAGAGUUCUCGUCCUCAUACAAGCGGUGUUCGGUUAGGCUCAGCGGAAGCGUCAAGUACCAUCGAUUCCUUCCUAGCCAAAUUUCUUACUCAACCUCAGGAUCGAGAAUAUGCAGACCUUUGCAUGUUACCGGAACUUACUGAACAAACUUUACUGGAUAAUUUACGAGAUCGGUUCAAAAGUGGUCAUAUUUAUACAUACAUUGGACCAAUAUUAGUGGCAGUAAAUCCGUUUAAUUUUUUUCCCAUUUAUAAUCCAAAAUAUGCUCGACUGUACUGUCAGAGCAGGAGACUUGGAGCACUACCUCCACAUAUUUUUGCAAUUGCUGAUGUUACUUAUCACAAUAUGCUACGGAUCAAGGAAAAUCAGUGCGUAGUAAUUAGCGGUGAAUCUGGAUCUGGGAAAACAGAAUCAACGAAUUUUCUAUUGCAUCAUUUGACAUCCUUAAGUCAAAAAGGGACAGCUGGUAGCUCUAUAGAGCAAACAUUAUUAUCUGCUGGACCAGUUCUUGAAGCUUUUGGUAAUGCUGUUACCGUACAAAAUAAUAACAGCAGUAGGUUUGGGAAAUUUAUUAAAGUAAACUACCGAGAAAACGGCAUGGUUUCUGGAGCUGAUGUUGAAAUCUAUCUAUUGGAAAAAUCACGUAUUAUAUCGCAGGCUGCUGAUGAGAGGAACUACCAUGUUUUUUACUACUUAUUAGAAGGUGCUACUGAUGAUGAAAAAAAGCAACAUUUUUUGCUGCAACCAAGCGAUUAUUCUUACCUCAAUCAGAAUUCAUUCUACACAGCAGAAGGUGUUAAUGAAAAAUAUGAAUACCAACGUCUGAAACAUGCUAUGGAUGCUGUUGGAUUUUCUCAUAUUUCUCAGCAGAACAUGUUUUCGGUCAUCUCAGCAGUCUUACUUCUCGGAAACAUCGAAUAUAUUAAAAGGCCAGGCUACCAUAGCGAUGAAAAUGCUUACAUUGGCAACGAAGAACUGAUCGGAAUCAUAUCGGAGUUGCUCCAUAUUAAGGCAACUAAUUUACAACAAGCGCUGACAAUGCGCCGCACCGUUAUGAAAAACGACGUAGUCGUUACGCGGUAUAAUGUUAACGAGGCAAUAAAUACAAGAGAUGCAAUGGCAAAAUGCUUGUACAAUGCUUUGUUUCACUGGAUCGUUCUUCGUAUUAACCAAGCAUUGCUAAAAAAAGAACGUUCACAGGGCAAAAAAGGAUAUUACAUCGGGAUCCUGGAUAUUUUUGGUUUUGAGGAUGUGGGCGCAGAAUGGAAUUCUUUUGAACAGUUAUGCAUUAACUACGCAAAUGAGCAUCUUCAAGCAUACUUCAAUCAGCACAUCUUCAAAUUUGAGCAGGAAGAAUACCGUAAAGAGGGCAUCGAAUGGACUAAUAUUGAGUACACUGACAACAUAGGAUGUGUCCAGCUUUUCCAGAAAAAACCAUACGGAAUCUUGCGACUAAUUGAUGAAGAAAGUAAUAUCAACAACGGUACUGAUGUAUCGAUGUUGGCAAAAUUGAACCAGUUCCUCAAAGACGAUGAAUAUUACGAAAUACCCCAAAAAAAAGAACCAGCUUUUAUAAUUGCUCAUUACGCUGGCAAGGUUAAAUAUCAAAUAACGGGUUUUCGCGAAAAAAAUAAGGAUCUUAUGAAACAAGACGCUCUUAUGGUGCUGAAGAACAGCAGGAGUGCGUUUGUUCGCGAACUGGUCGGAUUUGAUCCUGUGGCAGUUUUUAGAUGGAACACAGUUCGAGCCGCGUUCCAGGCAAUGAAUGCAUUUCGACAAGCUGGUAGGAAACUCAAACGUUCUGGAAGUGCGGAUCAUUUGUUAGUGCCAGAUGAUUCUAACAAGCAGUCAAUCUCGCGGCGAAAUUCAGAUUCUCAUCUAAGCGCAUUUCUUCGAGGUGAUAUAAAUUUGGAUGUUGUGCCUGACUUUUGCGACACAUCGUUCUUCCAGACGAUCGUUAGUCAUGCCAAAAAGCAGCCAACGAAGCCAAAAGAACCAAAGCAGAGUGCCCUUAAAAGUCUACAAGCAGUAAAAGCUUUAAUCGGAAAGAAAAUGCUCACGGGUAAACCCUCUUCGGUCAGCAAACAAUUCGAGUAUUCCCUCUCACGACUUAUGAAAACUCUGGCUCAGGCUAAACCGUAUUUUAUUAGAUGUAUCAAAUCAAAUAAUGAGAAAGUACCCAACUACUUCGACGAUAACAUAAUUCUCCGACAACUGCGGUACACCGGAAUGUUAGAAACAGUUCGAAUUCGAAGAGCUGGCUACAGCUUCCGCAUUGAAUAUGAUCUCAAAAAUUUUAAGUUUUCACAUGCAUUUAUAAAGCAGUACCGAAUUUUGUUGCCACAUGGGCGAUACAGUUCAUUGGAGGAUGUUAAGUUUUUUAUAACCCACCAUCCGUUAAUUGGUGAUGAUAAAGUUCAGUUUGGUUUGACCAAGAUAUUUAUGCGCGAUGCAGAAAAGUUGCUUCUGGACGAUAACCUUCAUAAGACAAUCAUGCAACAUAUUGAGACUCUCCAAAGGUGGUUCAGAGCUGUCAAUACCAGAAGGAAAUUCAUUAAGUUAAGGAAUGGAAUAAUCAAAAUACAGGCAAUUGCGAGAGGCAUGUUUGUCAGAAACAAAAUUCGUGAGCACGCUCAUGCUGCGCUGGCGAUACAGACGGCCUGGCGGCGUUACAGGGCUCAGAAGAGGUAUAAUCAGAUUCGGCGUGCUGUCAUCGCCAUUCAGGCUGCUUUUCGCGGUAAUCAGGCUCGUCAGAAGUUAUUGGAGAGUCAAAAAAAAGCUCCAUUCAAAUUCGAGAUAACAAAGUUUAUUCAUAAAAUGGAACUGGCUACUUUCGACUUGAACGACCCAGAGUCGUUAGCUCAGUUUGCGCCAUCUGAUGAGGAUGAAGAAGAAACGCUAAGCACCCUUAGCACAACGGAAGAUCUUAAUGAUGAUGUAGAAGGGGACGAAGAUGAAGAAGAAAUUGAUGAUGCUGACAGCGUUAUUAGAGAUACUCCACAUGGAGAUCAAAUUGACAUCGAUCUGGAUGCAACGUUUAUUCUUGAAGAUACGAAACUAAAGCUCGUCGAUGAAAAACGAGAGGGCGAUUUCAAGCGAAGACAGAGCCUCGCAACUACUUGCUCAACAGCAAAGCUUAAAAUGCUUCGCCGAGCAGCAAGCACAGAGAGCGAUCAAAUUCAACUGAAAGAAGGAUGCUCUAAAGAACCCCAAGUAAAGAAUCAACAGUUGCUUUUACCCUUUAACUUUAUCCAUUUUAAUGACACCAACUUGUACUCAGCGUUACCAACUGCUCUUGCACUGUUGAAUGAAGGCAGUCCAGAAAGCAAAUCGAAAAGUAAAAAAACUGGUUUUACAAAAGCGAAAAAACAGUUAAAAGCAUUCUUGCGAAGAAGGAGUGAAAGCAUGCAGAGCGAAGAACUUGAUGAACAAGCAUCGCUACAGACAAAUUCAACAUUGACUGAAGCAAGGGCAGCUAAAAAAGGGGUUAUGAAGUCACACAGUUUGAAGCUUAGUAGGCUUCACAGAACUGAAUGUUGCGCCUUAUGUAACAAAUCGUUGACUGGAAUUCUUGCACAAGGACAGAAAUGCUCGAACUGUAAAUUGACGUUUCACAAGGAAUGUUCUGCGUUUGCUGCGAAUAUACCGUGUCAGACACCAGUACAUUCACCACAAGCGGAAUCUGCGCCGCCUAGACGUCCUUGGGAUUUCAAAAGCGCUCGAUCUGGAUUUUCUCCUCAUCCUUCGGAUAUGAUUGUGGAGUCGUCAGAUGAUCUUAGACAGUUCAACGUUUUCAUUUUCAAAAAACUUUCAAAAAUAGAACAGGAUGUGAAGAAGCGUGAUACUUUGGUAGACGCUAUAUUUAAGAAGGCUUUGAAGGAAUUCCAUAUGGAAAUCAUCAGCUACGAAGCUGUACUCAACGAAGACAGAACAAUGCUGAAGUAUCGUGAUUUGAUUAAUAUAUUUCAAGGAACAUUAACGAAAAUAUCUGCUCAGGAAAAGGUGACUUUUCCUACUACGCUCGGCGUUAACGCUCUCAGAGGUUUUCUGAAUGAAUUUGUGCAAGAGCAGCUUAGGAGAAGGACAUUACAAAAGAAAUCCAGUAUGCUCCAACACUUUUCCUGUGAACCACAGUCAUCAUUUUCAUAA